AAUUUGAAAGUCACAGAUUCUUUACGUCUUAAAGAAAAUAUUAUUAUCAAAUCGAUUUUAAACAAAUUCAAGUUACGUCAUUAUACUAAAAGACGUAGGGUCGAAGAAUCUGCAGCAUCUUCUCCUUCACCUGAUAUUAUAUCAAAGUCAAAAAUUGGUCUUCAAAGCUAUAAUUCUGGGCAUGAUUUUGAAUCAGUUAUUCGAAAAAUAGCAGAAGCUAGUAGUUUAUUAGCUAAUGAAAUUAAAGUAACUCAAGGUGAUAAUGAUAUUGACAUUAUCAUAACAUAUAAAGAAAAACUUAUUCUUAUUCAAUGUAAAAAUUGGAAGACUCCUAUAAAUGUUCAAAUUGUGAGAAUUUUCGAGUCUGCUAUUUCAAGAUUUCCUUCAGAUUCUCUUGGUAUUAUUGUUUAUAAUAGUGAAAAAAUGGGAGAAAAAAUUGUAACUCCUAAAGCGAAAAGAUGGGCAUUUACAUCCAAAAAGAAUAUUGAGAUUUGUGACAAAAAUCAGUUUGUAAAAAUUAUUAAAGAUUUUUACGAUUUAGAUGAGGAUGAUCAUAUAGAAUUAAUCGAUUAUAAAGCUAAUUAUUUUGAUAUAAUCAAUUUGAUAGGUGAGAAUGUUGAUUAUAUUAUUCUCGAUCAUACUCAGAAGGAUAUGAAGAUGUUCAAUAAAUUUUUCCAAGAUCCGAGCGAGAAAGAAUAUAUCGACAGAAAAGUUGAUGUGAUCGAACCAUUUAACUUUUAUAAGGUUGUUUUUGUGACUGUUCCAAUCAAAAUGUCUAUUGAACGGCAGCAAAAGAGAGCUUGUUUAGGCGAAUUGGUCGAUAGAGAGUAUUUGGAAACGCUUAAUGCUUAUUACCUUGAAGAUAUUGAUUUGGUAUAUUCCGAGAAUUUAAAAUUUGAAAAUAUUGUUAAUCUCUGUGGUGAUGAUUGCGCACAAUGUCUCGGUGUUAAGAUCUACGAGAAUUUCUUUAAUACUCUUUUAUAG